CUGCUUACCCUCAGACAACGUGACAGUCGGGCAUAUUCAGCAAUUGCACAAUCUCAGCAAAGCCAAAAAAUCAAGGUUCAACUAUUGUUGGCUAUCAUUUGGUAUGUGGCUUAGUUUCUAUCAGGAAGAGGUGUACUUCGCUAAAGGAACGUCUGAGCGUCAAUAAACAUGGGAGACUGGGGAUUUCUCUCAGCUUUGCUAGACAAGGUGCAGUCCCACUCCACCGUCAUAGGCAAAAUAUGGAUGAGCGUUCUCUUCAUCUUCAGAAUCCUGGUGCUAGGAGCGGCAGCCGAGAGCGUAUGGGGUGACGAACAGUCUAGUUUGGUUUGUAACACAUUGCAACCUGGUUGCGAGAACGUGUGCUACGACUGGCAGUUUCCCAUCUCCCACAUUCGCUUCUGGGUCAUGCAGAUCAUCUUUGUGUCCACUCCGACCUUGGUCUACCUCGGUCAUGCAGUGCAAGUCAUUCACCAAGAAAAAAAACUCAGGGAGAAGAUACAAAUUCUUGGUGAGGGCAACAUGUUGAAGACACCUAAAUACACAGACGAAAGGGGCCACAUCAAGAUUAAGGGAAAUCUGCUUGGCAGCUAUUUGACCCAGCUGUUCUUCAAAAUCAUCCUGGAGAUUGCUUUUAUUAUCGGACAGUAUUAUUUAUAUGGGUUUAUUAUGGUCGCUAAAUUUACUUGUUCCCAAUCCCCUUGCCCCUACACCGUUGAAUGUUUCAUGUCCCGUCCCACAGAGAAGACCAUCUUUAUUAUAUUUAUGCUGGUGGUAGCUUGUGUGUCUCUUGUAUUGAAUGUAAUAGAGGUGUUCUACCUGUUGUGCACCAAGGUGGGAUGUCGGUCCAACAAGCGACAGACACAUAAUAUUAAUUCGGCAAAAAAUCCUGCCAAACUUUCAUCUUCUUGGCAGCCAAAGUUGAGCGCUGAGGACGCUCUGAAGCAAAACAAGCUGAACAUGCAGUUCGAAAGUGGGCAGAGUCUUGGAGGAAGUUUGGAUGGGGCAAAAGAGGAAAAACAAUUGCUGGCAGACCAUUAGAAGUUAACUUUUGUAUCCCAGAGAAGUCCUCACUAAUCCAUUUCAGUUUUCGUUUUCAAAAGUCUUCACUUUCGGUGGAGGCAAACUUUUUUGUGUGGAUGAGAGGAAUAAAUGCAGCAAAAUGUAUGCAUUUUCAAAGGAAUACCUUUUAGUGUGGACGUCGCCUCAAAUAAACCUUGAAAUUGUACAAAUUCUAAUAGGUUUUAAAGAUCCUAUGAAAUCAAAUUGGAGGCUUUUGUGGCUUUUAGUCCAUGUCUGGUAGUCCAGGUCAUCAAUAUGCUAGUGUACUUCUAACAGUUCACAAAAAUGUACUUUUAGAAUAUAAAUAUGCAUUUAAAAAUGCACAGUCUCUCCCUUUUGGGAAAAUGGACCAAAAUUAUUAAUGACUCAUACUGCACUCCAGGCCUGGUUCCAGAUCAAAAUCACUGAGGGUGCUUCUGAAUUUUGUGGGGGUGCUCUAGUAGUAAAAGUGAAGACACAAUAAAGCAUCAUCUGUAUAAAAAUAGUACCAAAUACCAGGCUUUUAGUGAACACUAGGAGGUAAAUUUUUUUCACACUUAAACUAGGCUAACAUUUAGUAGUAUGAAUACAUUAUUAAACUAUUGAAAUAAAAAUAUUAUAUAGGGCAUGACCAUGUUUCCAACUUAGUAUAACAGGUGAUGUAAAACCAUGAAAAUUUAUAAUAUAAUGAUUUCCACAUGACUUUUAUUAAGUCUUUAAGGAAUGAAAGAAUGAAGCAGCAGGCAAACGAUAUUCUUUAUAUAAGUACAAUUCUGACGAUGUGGAUGUAAAAAAUAAUUUUGAUGAACUCACAGUUUUAUAUAUAAAUAACACUGCCUUUGUUUAUAAAUGUUUUGGAGAAAAAAAAUUACAAUGAUUUGUGCUAUGUUUUCUACAUGCUGUAUGAAUGCAGCGAUGUAUUAAGAAGUCCUCAGUUGAGGGUGCUUUAACAUCCAUUUUAGGGUGCUUAGCUCAUAUUGCCCAAUCAAUUGCUUUCUUGAAUGAGAAUGACCCUCCCCCUAAUACCAACUGCCUCUGGCUAGCAAGUAGCAAAUUAUGGUUAAUGGCUGUGAUGCAUCUAAAAACCUAUAGGCUAUUUAAAAAAAGGGAUGGUCCCUUUGAUGUGUGCCACCCAAAAUACCUUUUUCGUCAACACAGGAAAGAAAACUGUGCUUGUGAAGUGACUUCUUCGGGUCUUUAAGAGAAAAAUCUCUCCAUUUAUUUUUUUACUUAUUGUCUAGUAUUUACUGACACACUUGAUCACUGAGACAGAUUGCAUUAUUAAAAAAAAUUUUGUGAUUGCACAAUGCAUGUUUUUGCUUUUAAUUGGAUGGUUUUGAUGUACUUUGUCAAUAAAUACUUAGUGUUAUGUGAUGUAUUUUGAGUAAAUAUGUAUUAAGAGUCACUGAAUACUGUACGCAUGUCUUCUGUGUUUUGAUGUUGUCAUUUUCAUUUUUUCCUCCACAUUCAUUUGUUGCAAUUUAGACAAAUUAUAGUGAUGUUUAUUCUGAAUGUAAACUCCAUCAGAACUGGUUUUGGUGAUGUUUAAGAACAGAAUGUAGGACAAUUUCCUUGUUUGAAAUAAAACUUUUGAAAAGAAA